AUGGACAAAACUCUACAAAGAAUUAUUAGAUAUACAUAAAAACAGAUAGACUCUAAUUAAAAUUGUUAUUUUGAUCGAUAUGCAUUUAAUUACACCAGAGAUCUCUUAGGAGAAGGAUCUUUUGGUAGGUUAUAAUUUCUAAGAACAUUAGUGUGUAUAGAGGAACUCAUGCAAAUUCCUUUGUAGCUAUUAAGAUCCUUAAUCUUAAGCAUUAUGAUAACCCUGUCUAUAAGUAAGCUCUCAAAAAUGAAAUUACACUCAUGAUGGAACUUUAGAGUCCUAAUGUUGUAAGAAUCUUAGAUGUAUAACCUAUCCAAAAUACAAGGCACUUUGUGAUUAACAUGAUAAUGAACUCUUUUUAAUCAUUGAAUAUUGUGAAGGAGGUGAUCUACGUCAUCUUUUGUCUCAUUAACCAAACCAAAGAUUUCCAGAGUCUGCUGCUAUUGCUAUCAUAUCUUAAACCAUCUAAGGAUUAACAGAAUUAUUACACAAAAAUUAUAUGCAUCGUGAUAUUAAAGUAAUUCAUUAAUAUCCAAUUAGCCUGAUAACAUUCUUCUUAAAUAAAAUACUUAUAAAAUUGCUGAUUUUGGUCUGGCUGCAAAAAUUCCUCCAAAAUAAGUAUUAAGAGGUAUCAUUUUCUUUCUCAUAUUUAUUAGCUUAAGCAGGAACUCCUUUAUAUAUGUCACCUCAAGUUUUAGAAUGUAAAGAAUACUCUAAUAAAUGUGAUAUUUGGUCAUUAGGUUUAGUCUUAUAUGAACUUAUUUUUGGUAGAACUCCUUGGUUAUGCAGAAGUUUUGAUACUUAUCUAAUGGAAAUUAAAACGAAACCUUUACAAUUCCCUUAUGAAAUUGAAAUUUCAUUUAAUGUUAAAGAUUUCAUUAAAAGAUGUUUAAAAAUUGAAGAAUAAAAUCGUAUAAGUUGGACAGAAUUGUUAAAGCAUCCAAUGUUAUAAAAUCAAGGGAAAUUGAAGCGAUAAGGUACUUAGGAAAGAUUAAAUUUUUCUGUUUUAGAAAGAGAAUAUUUAUAUAAUAUUUAAUUAGUAUGUGCUUAACAUAAUUUCCAAGCCAAAGAUCUAAUGAAAUAAUGUGGAAAGACUCAUAUAAAUUAAUAAGAAUUUUAAAAUAUGUUAAGAAAAAUUAUGAAUUAAAACAAUGAAGAAAUUGGUAAAAAAUUGUUUUAAAAAUUUGAUUAUUCCAAAGAUGGAUUGAUAAGUGCAUAAGAGUUUGAAUAUUUAUUUAGUGAAUAUGAUUUUGCACCUCUUAAUACUAUUGCUGUUUAAAUCAUUUAUGAAUUAUAAGCUAUUAUUAAAAUGUAUUCAAUAUCUUUAAAAUAAUUAUUUGAACAAUUAGAUUAAGAUAAGAAUGGUUUUCUUGAUCAAAAAGAAUUUGAAUUUCUAAUUAAAAAGAUUGCACCUAAAUUAUCCUAAGAAAAUAUAUAAGAAAUAUUCGAAAAUUUUGAUUAAGAUAAAGAUGGAAAAAUUAGUCUAAAAGAAUUAUAAUUUGUUUUGUAGAGUAAGAAUUAUCAAAAAUUAAAAUUAAUUUUGAAUAGGAUUCGUGAAACUUUAAUGAAAAAAUCUGUUUCUGUUAGUACAUUGUUUUCCUAAGUUGACAAGUAAUAGAAAGGAUUUAUAAAUUUCAAGGAUUUUGAAUAUUUAAUGAGUAAAUUAGAUUAAUUAAACAGAUCUGAUAUUUGGGAUCUUUUUAAUUUGUUUGAUGAAGAUGAAAAUGGGAAAAUAUCAUUAAGUGAAUUUUAAACAUUGUUAAAUUUAUGA